AUGAGUGCUUUGUGUACGAGGCGUAUUGUGAAUACUCCUCUAUGUACUAGAUGCCAACAAGCAAAUGAAACGCCUUUACACGCAACAUAUUGGUGUCCUUCAAGUGUUGCGGUGUUGGAAAAGGUGAGUUUUUUCUCUAAGUUGGGUCAUGGUGCAUGGGGAAGUUUUGUGGAUGAUGAGGUAUGUUUCUUAAUUGUACUUCUUUGGCUUAAUUGGAAAGAACGAAAUGCUGUUCAACAUGGUGAGCAAGUCAAACCCACUAUGGUGAUAUAUGAAAUGGGUCUUUCCAUAUGGGAGAGUAUAAAGCAUGCACGGGGUCGCAACCAUGAGGGUCAGGUGGAUGAUUGCAUCAUAGCUGGGAAUGAUGUACAUUGGGCUCCACCCCCAGGUGGAAGUCUAAAGUUAAAUUAUGACGCAUCGGUGGCUGCAAAUGGAGAACAGGUUGGGAUCGGCAGUGUAUGCCGCGAUAGCGAUGGGAAUAUGGUAGCAGCUAUGGGAGAGAGGGUCGCUGGAAGAUUAAAGCCAUGUGCAGCUGAGUUGUUCUCUGUGAUGAGGGGUGUUGAAUGGGCUAUGGAACGAGGCUGGACUGGACUCGUGGUUGAAACAGAUUGUUUGGAGGCUGUGAGAAUGGUAAAUGGAAGUGAUGAAUGCCUUGCAAGUGAGGGUACUAUUGUGGAGCGAAUCAGAGAGAUACUAGGGGCAUUGGAUAUCCACAAUAUUCAAUAUGUUCCUAGAGAGGCAAAUAUGGCGGCUCAUGCUGUUGCUGGAGUUGUAGCCCGGGGUAAUGGGCGGAGUAGUUGGUUAGGGGUUGGGCCUUCUUGGCUCAUGGAUGUCAUUGGUAAUGACGGACCCGUAACUGGUUAUUUUUAUAGGGAGGAGAGUGGGGAGUUCUUGUCCACCACCGGUCAUUCCCAUGUUUUGUAG